AAACCUAUCUAUCUCUCCACAGACACAGACCAAAUCAAAAACUCCACCGCAGAUCAAGGGCCUCUACCAAGUCGGUCAGCACGAUACUUCGACGAAUUGUUCCUCUCACUGCCGACUUCUGCGAUUCGGUCUCCGGCUCUCGCCCUCUGCUUGACGCCCAUACGUUCUCACCACAUCCCUCAUCAUGGCGGGCAAGAUGGUGCUGUACAAGCUGGUGGUGCUAGGAGAUGGAGGUGUUGGGAAAACAGCCUUAACUAUACAAUUAACACUGCAGCAUUUCGUGGAGACUUACGAUCCCACGAUUGAGGAUUCAUAUAGGAAGCAGGUGGUCAUAGAUGGACAAUCAUGUAUGCUGGAAGUCCUCGAUACUGCUGGGCAGGAGGAGUACACAGCAUUAAGAGAUCAAUGGAUUCGCGAUGGGGAAGGGUUUGUCUUGGUUUACAGCAUCUCCUCGAGGUCCUCCUUUACACGGAUUCAGCGGUUUCACAAUCAGAUUCAACGAGUCAAGGAAUCUUCAGCAUCGUCGCCCUCAUAUCCAGGAUCGCCAAUAUCCUCGGCUGCUCCAUCGGCACCGGUACCCAUAAUGCUUGUUGGAAACAAGAGUGAUCGUGUCACAGAACGAGAGGUUUCGACACAAGAAGGUCAUGCUUUAGCACGAGAAUUGGGAUGUGAAUUUGUUGAGGCAUCGGCAAAGAAUUGCAUCAAUGUCGAAAAGGCAUUCUACGACGUAGUAAGACAACUACGUCGUCAAAGAGUCGCCAGCAGCAUGAGAGCAAUGCAAGGCUCGGGAGGGAAACAGAGAAUGGGGACUGGAGAAUCUGGAGGACCCAUUCGAGACGACAGUCGGAUAUAUCGCGACAACAAUAGGAAGAGGAGGGAAAGAAAGUGCACCGUCUUAUGAGGAAGCGCUUUCCUCCUAACUUUGACCAGCUUGUUUAUUUUUCCCGAGCAUGCACGACGUUUACGAUCUUCCUCUGGCAGAGACUCGAGGCGUCUGCCCCCCACUUCUUCUCCUCAUCCUCUUCCAUCACACGAAAGCUUCCUUCUUUCUCUCCAGCGAUUUUGUUCUCAUUUCAAGCUGACUCGGCGAAAUCGGGUUUAACAAAAGAGUGGCAUGGCGUAUUCAUGAAUCAACGGUACCUGCACACCGAAAGAAUCUCUUCG